AUGACGGCUGCGACGGCGGUCUCGAUCGAGCUCCCCGUGGAGGAGGACGCCGUGCGCGCUGCGGUGCAGGAGCUCCUGGUGGCGGCCACGGGGCAGGAUGACGCGGUUGCGUUGAAAGCGCUGCUGGAGAAGGCGGUGGAGCGCGCGACGGUGCCGCGCAAGGGCCCUGGCCGGCGCUCUGCGUCUCGUUCGUCGAUGUACCGCGCCGAACAGCGGGAAGUGCGCGCAUACCUCGGCGGGCUGCUCGCAAGCUUGAAUCCAGCGGCGGCGUCGCUGGUGGAGGCCAGGCGCUCCAGCGACGAGGAGCAGGCGCAGGCUGAGGGCGCGGCUUGGGCGCAGGGUGUCUCGGGCUACGAGGCGUCGCUGUCUGGGGAGCCCGAGCGCGGCCGGGAGGGCGCUGACGGGGGCCCAGCGGGUGCAGCGAGCGGGAGGCGCAGGGCGUCCGAGCCCGGGGUCCAGGCGAAGCACACGCGGACGCCCUCGCUCGGGACGUGGACGGAGGGCGCAGACGACGACCUGGAGCGCGUCCGCGGGGACGCACCGAACGCCCAGGACCGGAGCAGAGGGCACGUCGAGCAGCGGGGCCCUGACGCCGCGGCGCUGUUCCGUAUGCAGCCCGGCGCGGCGCUGCCGCCGUCAUCAGUCGACGGAAUCCGCGCUGCGCUGGCGCAGAGCGACCAACGCGCGGCAGGCGGGGCGGGAGAGGCAGCGAGGAGCACUGGCGGGGCCCAGGCGCCCGCUGCGGGCCGUGGUUCCGGCGCGCAGGCGACGGGGCGCCGCCCCGGCGCCGCAGAUAAGGAGGAGGAGCUCCAGGCGUUCGAGUUCAAGCCGUUUCUGCCCCCAGAUGACGCAAAGCAGCAAUCGCGCGGCGACGGGGCUGGCACGGACGCGGACGAGGCCGAGGACGAUUCCGUCGUGGUCGUCACAGGCGGGGAGCUGCGUGCACGCGUGCAGCGCGGGCCUGCAGCCGAGGACGCCAGCGCCGCUCCCCUCGAGCCCACGCCGCUGCCGCAGCCGUCGCGUCCCGGGCCGGGCAUCGACGCCUCGAGGGAGCCGGACGGCGCGGGCGACGUGGCAGAGGGCACGCAAACUGACGACACCGACACCGACACUGGCAGGGCACCGCAGCUAGCGGGCGCGGGGCGUUCCGGGCCCGACACCGGCGCAGCUGUCACCGCAGCGGCGAAGGACUUCGCGCAGGCGAUGGCGCAGCUGCGCGAGUUCGCGUCCUCGCUCGCGGAGGCCACGCAAACAGUAGCGACAGCAAGCGCAAGGGAGGUACUCGCAGCGAGGGACGCGGCCGCCGAACGGGCCGCGAACGACCGCGCGAAAGCCUCCUCGGUCAGGUCCCAGCCCUCCGAGCCCGCGGCUGCGGCGCUCCCGCCACCACACGCGCCCAGCCGCGGCGCUUCGACGUCGCGGCACGCGCCCCGGGGAGCGCUGAGGUCCUCGCACGGGCCGUCCGCGGCGGAGUCGAUGCGUGGCUCACGCGCCGCCGCCUCGCUGCGGGCGUCCGUGGAGCCGGAGGCGUCGCUGCGGUCCGCGACCACCUCCCGUCGCGUGUCGCUGGCGCCAACGCCCGUCACGGAACCGGCCGCCGUGCUCCCGGCGCCCGCGGAGGCCGCCGCUGGGACCGCAGAGCGCUUAGCUGCGCCGCUUCCGGCGCCGCUCGCGACCGCGGUCGACCGGACGAUGCGCGCAGUGGCUGGCCUGACAGCUGCGGCGCCGCCCGCCCGGCACGGCUGGCUUCCGGAGGCCGCGGAGGACCCCGAGGCGCCGCACGUCCGCGCAGUCCAAGCCGUCGCGGACGCCACGGGCGGCGAGUUCCGUUACUGGAUGGCCCGGAGCGAGCUCGAGGUGCUGUCGCAGCUGUCCAAGGAGAUCACGGCGGUGACGGGGGGGGGAGUAUUGGACCAGGGUGCCGCGGAGGAGCCCGAGGACGUCGAGGGGGACGAGGACGCGCAGUACAUGUCGCAGGUGCGGCGGGAGGUGGAGGCACGGAUCGCUGCAGUUGCGGGGGAGGUGUCGGCGAUGUCGGGUGGGCGUGGGGGGAAGGGGGCGGUCGCGCGGGGUGCGGCGGGGCGCGCGGUGCGCGCCGCGGUGCCUGUGCGUGGUGCGAAGGCGGGCGCGGGAGUUGCAGCGGCGGCGGCGCCGCCUGGGGCAGUCGAGCGGCCCGCGGUGCAAAGCAGACUCGCAAAGACGAUUGGCAAGGCGCCGAGCGCCGCGACUGCGACGGACGCGCUGGCACGGCCGGCGACCGCCACCCCGCGCGCGCCGGGCGGCGGCAGCGCCGCGCCGCCGCGGCCUGCGACCGCCGGCGCCGCGGACGACGCCCGCGCGAAGCGCCCCUCCGUCAAAAUGUCGGUGCGGGGGGUGUUUCCGCGCCCCGCAGAACCAACAGUCCCCCCCCCGCUCCAGCCGAAGCGCGAGAGCGCCGCACAGCGCGCCGUCCAGCGCGCCGCGGACCCCGACGCGCCGUCCAAGCGCAAAGUCAAGCCCACGAUCGCGUUCGGCUCCCGCGCCGAAGCCCUCCUGCCGCGCCCGGGCGAGCGCUCGCUGUGGAAGACCGGCGCGGGCAAGGGCACGUGGCUGCCGAGCGUCGGGCGCUUCGUCAAGCCCAAGUACUCGCGGCGGCGCCCCGAGCGCCCCACGGACCCGCCCCCCGCCCGCGCUCUCAAGCCGAUCAGGACCACAGUGGCGGCGACGGCGCGCGUGCAGCGGCCGCAGCGGGACCCUCUGCAGCCGCCGCAGCCGCUCGCCGCGCUCCUGAAGACGACGGGGCAGCAGAUCGGGGUGCCGUCGGGGCCGAUGGUGCCGAACCUGACGCGAAGCCGCGCAACGCACGUUGCGGACAACGUGCCAACGACAACGACGCCGCCGCCGCCGUCCGCGGACGCCAUGCGCGACCUGCUCGGGGCGCUCCUGCAGCAGGUUCAGGCUCGCGCCGCCGACAUCGCGCCUCCGCAGCAGCCCCCGCCGCCGCCGCGUGCGCCGCAGCAGCAAACGGCGCCACCGCCUGCGCCGCCGGCGCCGCCGGCGCCGCCGCCUGAGCCGGAGCGGCCGGCUGCGGAGACGCAGAUGUCGUCGCCGGAGCCGCAGCAGCCGGCUCCGCCCGAGCGGCCGCCGGCCGCGCACGACAGGGCGGUAUCGCCGUUGCCGUCGCCGCAGCCGCCAUCGUCGCGGUCGUCGCUGCAGAGCCUGACGGACGCGCUGACGGACGCGGUGCUGGAGCGCGUGCUCGCGGGGACGCGCGCGCCGGGGGAGCCGCCCGCGCGGAGCGACGUCGACAACCUGCGGGGUCUGGCCACUCAGGCGCUGGUGGGGGAGUUGUCUCGCAUGGGGUCGGACUCCCCCCCCGAGGCGGGGCCGGGCGAGGACGGCCUCGAGGAGGCGCUCGUGAAGCUCGUCGAGGGCGAGCUCGCGCGGAUGGCCGACGAGCCGGGCAGGGGGGAGUUUGGGCAGCAAACGGAAACACACCUCCCCGCGUCGGGCCCGGCCGCCGCCGCCGCCGACGCGACGCUGCCCGCGCGGUCGCCGCCGCCUGCGCGCGCGCACGCGCCCGCGGACGACGUCCCAGAGGGGCCCGCGCCGCGCGCGCCGGUCCUCGUCCUUGGCAUGCCCCGGGGGGGACUUUCCCGCGACACCCCCCUCCCGCCGGCCGCCGCGCCGCGCCCCGCGCCCGUUCUCGGCCCGGCCCCGCCCGGCGCCGUACCAGACGCGCUCAAGGACGUCAUCGACGGCAUCCAGCGGCGCCUCCGCGCCGUCCAAACCGCGCUCGACGCAUCACCAGAGCCCUCGCCUGCGUCAUCCGCCGACGCACCGCCCCCGCGCCGGAGGGGGCCGGAGACCCCGCCAAGCCCGCAGAGCCCCGUCCGGUCGUCCUACGAGCGAUUCCUCGUCGUCGAGGAGCGCACCACGGAGCGGCAGCGCGACACAGAAGCAGAGACAGCGCGGGCGCCGCCGCCGCCGCCUCAGGAGCCUGCGCCGGCGCCCGCGGCGCCCGAGCCCGCGCCGUUCGAGGCCCGCGUGCAAGCGAGCAUCCGAGCGCUGCGGGAUUCCGCGCAAGACGAGCUGCCUGAGCACCCGCCCGCACCGCCGCCGCCGCCGCCUGGCCCCGACCUGGGGCGCAUCAGCGACCCGGACUGGCUCCCGGCGGGGCUGCCGCGGCACCGGCUGUGGCGCCCGCGCGAGGGCACGCCGAGCGAGGCGUCGCCGGCGGGGACGUCCGCGUUCUACGCCAGCCGCGGCAGCGACGCCCCCGGUGCGUCCGACAUGACCCCCCCCGGCAGCGGAAGCGGCCUGACGGUCACCGCGACCACCAGCUCCGGCAGCGACUCCUUCGAGCGCGCCGUGCGCGAAGAACUCGAGCUCCUGGCCGGCGGCAUGCGGCGCAGAAAGCCCGCAGAGAUAAACAUCACGCAAGCGAUCGGUGUCGACGCGGAGGGCGGCGGCGGCGCGCCCGGCGCGCCCGGCCUGCGGAGGCAGUCCUCGUCGAUCGGCCGCGGGCCCGGCAGCGACGCCCCGCGCUCGUUCGCGCCGCGGCGCCCGUUCGGGCCCUCGGGGGGGAGUUUCGAGGCCGGGCCUGAGUCAGGGCCCGACAGCAGCGGCAGCGGGCUCGGGGACAUGCAGGAGUCGAUGUCGCGGACGCGGGGCGCGCGCGCGUGGCAGGACGUGCAGGUGGAGGAGGGCUCCGCGGAGGAUGUCGCGUGGGGUCCAACGGUGGCCGCGGCGUUCGAGACGGUAGAGCAGGGGUCGCUGACGUCGUCGGGGGGACUGUCGUCCGGGUCGAGCGCGGUGCCGCCCGCGGACGUCGGGGGGCUAGAGAGGGAUGAGGACAUGCCGCCGUCUGGGUAUUUUGGGUUCCGGCCGGUGCGCAUGGGCGGAAGGCGCGGGGGGGAGUGA